CAAACGCUUGACUAAAAUGGCGGAUUCUGUGAAAGACAGAAAUUGUCCUCGAUAACUCAACACGAGAACAAGCAACCAGACUUAUUAUGGCCCAGACUGAACUAAAAGCUCGCCGACUGAUACCAGAGGAUGAGGUAUAUCGCCAAGUGUUUGACGCAGAGGUAAACCUGGUAGAUGCACUUGAAAAGGAAAGGCAGCCAUCCAAACCCAGGUCUGCACCACUUUUACCACUGGUCAGAGAAUCAAGAGCUGUGACUGGUCAUGGUAUUCUGACAAGCCGGCAAAAGAGGUGGAUGCAGGGACGACCAAAUGAGAGUAGCAUAGAGAAUCCAGUGCAUUUUAAGUAUGCAGCUCUUGAUGCCAUGCAAAAUACAUCUAAAUCAGAUAGUUUUUUUGAAGCUAUAGAAGUAAGAGGACUUCCAGAUACACCAAAAACUGCUCAAAAGAAGACAAACAUCAUUGAAAGACUAGAAGCAAGCAGGAAGGAACGACAUGAAUCAUAUUUAGAAGAUAUGUAUCAGGAAUUUGGAGUCAUCAAUGCUGAGUUGGAGCCACGUAUACUGGAAUCUUGUGAAAAUUUAAAAGAACGCUUAGUUGAAAAUGAUACAGAAAUUGAGCAGCUGCUGCAAACAAUAGAAGGUGAUGAUGACCUGCUGCUUCACAACUUAGCUGAUUUAGAGGAACUAUGGGAAUGUAUUUCAGUGCAUUCUGUUCAUCGACAAAUAUUGAUCAGAGAGUUGGAUGCUACUCUAGAGCAGGUGGAAUAUGACAGAGGAAACUUGAUUCGUGAGACUCUGAAAGGUUAUAACCAAGUUCUUGAGAGAGUAGCACACCUGAUGCCCCCUGAUGUGCAUAGAUUGUUAGAGAAGGAAGCUCAGCGAGUCAACUCCACCAUUCUAAUAAACAGGAGAGCAUAUGCAGACCUCACGUCUAACCUACUGAGUGCUGAUGUUGAACGUGAGAGGCAGUGUUACAUAACAUGGCAAAGACGAGUAGAGGACUGGAGACAACUGAAAUGCCAAGUGGCAGUGGAGAAGUUCAACGAGUUCAUGAAGAGUUUAUCAAUCAAAGACCCACCAGAAUUAAGAAGGAAGAUGGAAUUAUUCACUGCAGAACAACGUACUUUAAAUAAGAAAAGAUUGGAUCUCUUAGAAUCGCUAAGGAACAUGAGGCCUCCUAACUCCACUAAAUCUGCUGUUUAUCAAUGGAACACUGCUUUGUUAGACACAUGUCAUCAACUUGAGGAGGUCCAUGCUAGGUACAAAGACAUUUUACAGGCUGAGUAUGACCGUGUUAUUGACCAGUGUAUGGAGGAAGUUAACAGUGUCAAGGAGCAGUUCCGGUCAGGAGGCAUUCUUGAUGCAGUCAGAACCGAGGAGGUGAUGAAUGAGUCAUUCCUACCACUCAUCGGCGAGAAGCAAACAAAAUUCGAACACGAGAUUGACAAAAUGGAGCGCUCUUUGGAGAACAUGAGUAGUUUUCACGAGAUGAUGAUCAAAUCGCUGUUCAAGUUCGUACAAGGAGCGGCACAUUUAUGGGACCUACACGAGAUCGGCUUGGCUCGACAAGAAAGAAAGUUGCAGGAGCAACUGGAGAAAAAUCGACGAGACCACGACGGUGCAAAUCAGGUGAAAGAAGCAAAUCUGGAUAUCAUUAUGGACAAGAUGAGGCAGGAUUCAAGUGAACAGGCGUUGACAGACAGCCUGCAAAAGGCGUUAACUGCUCUGGAUGAGAUCAAACAACUGUACAACGAUUUUCACAGCCUUCAAAUGCAGACGUCCGGUUCUUAUCCCGACUUAGUCAAUGAAGAACUUAAGAAAUACGAUGGAGAAGUGUGCAAGUAUUUCCAAGUGGAUCGGAGACAAACAGUGCCUUCAACUGAGUCCAGAAUGAAGAAAAAAGAUAAGAUGGGAAAACAAGAGCAGAGCAAGACAAAGAAAAAAGAAAAGUCACCCGCGGCCCAGUCCAUUGACGAUGUGCUUACAACCUCGAACGGCACGACGUUUUACAUCCUGGUGGAGCCUGGGGAACACGGUCUGCCUGAGAGUCCAGAGAGUGUUAAGAGUAUGAGGACUUGUCUUACCUUUCUAACGGAUACACAAGGUACAGUACACCAUGUGCAAAUUUCUUACUGUAUAGUCGUCACUCGCUUCAGUUUCGGAUUUGAUUCUUGUUGGCUUUCCCAACUUUUCACCUAUCAACUGUCCGUGAAAUGUUAUCGGCAUGUUGAUACAUGUGGAUUUCUCACUGUUAAAUUAAUGAAGAAAAAAGAUAAGAUGGGAAAACAAGAGCAGAGCAAGACAAAGAAAAAAGAAAAGUCACCCGCGGCCCAGUCCAUUGACGAUGUGCUUACAACCUCGAACGGCACGACGUUUUACAUCCUGGUGGAGCCUGGGGAACACGGUCUGCCUGAGAGUCCAGAGAGUGUUAAGAGUAUGAGGACUUGUCUUACCUUUCUAACGGAUACACAAGAAGAAGAUGAAGAAGAGGAAGAUGCUUUGCCGUCUUAUAUUGAAGCCAUCGUCAUCAGGGAAGAACUUUUCUUGGACCUCAGAAAACACAUACGAAUGGAAUUUUUAGAACAUCUUGAAGAAUGGAAGAUACAGGCCAUGGACAGAGCAAACAGCGUAGUAGCAGCUAAGGUAGAGGAGUUAAACAGUGAGUUAGACUUGCGGCUUCAUCUCCACGAGCCAAGAGCUGCCAGAGCGGAGCAGGACGUGCAUAAUGUGAGAGCAGCGGAAUUGGUGAUGCAUCGAGAGCGAGUUGAACGGCACUGCAAGGGUGUUACUACGUCUCUAAAUGAGUUCAAGGCGAGGUUCCAACAGAUGGUAGAAGAACAUGAUAAGGAGACGGACAUUUUCAAACAAUCCGUUCAAGAGCUUGAGGCGACAUUCACUUCAGCGACAAAAACUCACGAACUCUUGGUGAUCCAAGAUCAAGUUGCAGGACGUGUUGAGCAAUACAUGGAUGUAAUCAGAACUUCCCUCAGAAAGUUUCGUCACGAUCUGGAUGACAUGCUGAGCACUGUGCGGAACUCAAACGCAAGAUUCAGAAAAACAUUCAAGGUAUUUUCCGACGGUGGCAAUUUUUCAACGGAUGAAGUCGAUGAGUACAGAAAGAAACUGGAACGCAUGGCGAGUAAGAUCGACUCUUCAGAGGGAUCCUUCAUGGCUGAACUGGAGGGAAUGGAAUCCAAGAGACUAGAAGCAGCUACCGACUAUGCUGGCAAGUUAGAAGAUAGGUUUAAAAAUCAUUUGUUUGACUUGACAUUUAUGGAAAAAGUGACUAGAUGGCUGACAAACACUCAAGUCAAGGUCAAAAGCGAAGUUGCAUUCAGUAAUUCUCAGGCCAAAAAGCUCGCUAUCUAUCUGUCCACGUUUGAGCGCCAUAUUGAUGCGGUAGAAAAACCCAAUCUUGACAAAGAGCAAGUAACAGCUCGUGAAGUGCAAAGCAGCCUCAUUCCAAUCCUUCAAACAUUCCAUGAGAGGUCCAUGUACCUAAAUUGUCUCCUCAACCCAGCCACGCCCAGUCUGGCUGCCUUGCAGGCUGGAUUCAAGAGAAAAGAGGAGAAAAAGGAAGAAGAGAGAAAAGAAGAAAAAGGCUCCAAGGGAGCACUCAAAUCCAAGAAAAGCAAAAGAAAGUUGUCCCAGAAGGUUUUAAUAGGAAGCAACGAGACAACAGAUUCUACUGAACCGCAAAGUGGAGAAGGCUUGAAACCCAAGAGUACUCCGUCUCUUUCGAGGGCAGCCAAGGCCGCCGAGAGUGAUGGAAGACCAAAGACAGUCCCAGGCGAGCUGAGCCACACGCUGUCUGAUUUGGACAAGCAGGCUGGAAGACAAAAGAGCGCUGGAAGUCGUAAGUUAAGUGCAUCCAGACGAGAUCCUCUUGGACCCAGAUAUGACAAGAAGUACCUGGUGUUCGGUGAAAAGAUGGAGGAUGGAAAACACUUUAUGGCUCGAAUUAGAAAUAUACUGAGGGAAGGCUUAGAGGGCUUAUUGGCUACUUCUGAGAUGUACUAUCGCCAGAAAGGUCAGCGGACUCCAACUCGGCCUCAGGCUAUCCAUGAGAAUUUUGACUUCUGUGCAGACGCUUUGGUUCAGCGGUUGACGUCAUAUAAGACCCAGUCCGAAGAGUAUCACAAUUCAUGCAUUCAAGAACUUCGCUCGCAGAUGCAGAAGUUUUCGGUGAUUUUAGUUCAUCUUCCACCUCUGGUAGUAGAGAUCAUAGUCGCUGAUCAGCUGAGCGAUUUAGAAAAACAAAGAGAAACGCUGGAGAAUGACUAUAAAGUCAUGGUUCAAGAACUAGAGCGAAGAAAGAGUCUUCACCAGUCUCAGCUGCGGCCAUCUUUGGGCCAUCCUCACAACAGAACAGAAAUGGACACACUGUGCAGCAGUGAAGAGAGAAGACGACAGGAAGCACUGGAUGGAGCUAAACAGCAUGCUGAAGCUCUGGCGAAACUCGAAGCCCAGUUUGCAGGCGUCUUUAUCGAGAAACUCGCGCAGACAUGUGAGACCAUGUUACUUCAGUUUGAUGCAGUUCUCUCUCUGGAUGACGUUGAAGUGGGAAAGGUUGAACCCAAACCAAAGAGCACCAAGAGGCUCUUAAGAGAAAAAAUGUCAGGAGACGAAGACGGCAAAGACAAGUUAGCGCCCUUUCCAUCUGGUGGAACAACAUGGGAAGGACUACCAACGAACGAACUUGUGCUGGAAGAGUCUGUCGACAAGAAACACAGAACCCCUACUGUCAAAACGGUCAAGACGACACAAGGUCAUCUGGCUGUCAUCAAAUCACGAAACAAGGCUUACGAGGAUUAUAAAGAGAAGUUUGAGUCUCGCCUGAUGGCCAUUCGAGAGGCAACGAGUGCGCAAAUUCAGAACGAGGAAAGAUGGACAAGAAGCUGGCAACGAUCCAUCAACAAAAUAAAAGAACUUUACUGAGAUGACUUAGUUCAAUUACUAGGCUGAGUUUCUAUUUUAGAGGAGGUGACAUCUUGUAUGGUUUACAUUGCAAAAAGGAAAAGGAAAGACUAGCAGUGAAAACGAAAAGAAAAAUCACAUUUGUCUUACUUUAGCUUUUUGAGGUCAUAUUUCUUGUACAGGUAUUUAUUUGGUUUGAACCUUCAAGACUGUAAAAAAUGUAAAUAAAUGGAUGUUGAGUAAACGACUGUUUUGUAGAA